AUGUCACAUUCACCUUCUGUACGGAAGAGCUUCGAAGCGACCGCGCAGGAGCUCGCUCUCAAACCGGAGCUGCUGCAGGGCAUGAGCCUUUGGAGUCUUAGUGAUGAACUCCCAGACUAUUAUCCACUAGUUCACCCCAUUAUUCAAGGUCACCAUGUCCUCGCCCAAGGCCCGUUCCCUCUUAAACGGCUGUACCUCAUGGUCUCCAUCCUCCAACGGAUCUAUACAGCUGCUCCGCCUGAUACUCCAACCCAAUGCCAAGCCCUGUUUGUAAGCCCGGCGUUUGAAUUAGCAUGGACGGUGCAGAGUAUCGCCCGAACGCUGGCGUCCGCAAUGCCAUCAGUGAAAGUCUACUGCUGUCCUAGAGGGUUCUAUGAUGCUCAGGACAAGAUUGCGGAGCUCCAAGGGUCGGAGAUGGGGCGGGUCCCCGAUAUAGUCAUAGGGACACCUGGCCGGAUAUGGGAGUGCAUCACUCGUGGAUGGUUGAAGACUGACGCAGUCACAAUGCUCAUCUUCGAGGGGAUGGAUGACAUUUUGGAUAGAGGGUACGAUGAGUCUGUUCUACUGGAGAUCUUUCAGAGGGUCGCACACGACAACACGCAAGUUGUGGUGCAAUCCGAUAGCUUGCACAUGUGGAGAAGGAUUUGGAAGCUAGUGAGCGAUUUUAUGCCCUCCCCCGUGCGGGUAUGGGAUAUUUAG